GAGUUCCUAUCCUCCACAGCCUCUUGUUGAAAGAAAAAUGAAGGCAUUUGCUGCAAUUCUCAUUUUGCUGGGAGUCUUCUGGACUCAAACUUCUGCUUUGGAGAGUUAUCUCCUGCCAGCACCUAACAAUGAGUAUGUCACCGGGUCUAUGACCAUUGACAACAAGAAGAACUAUGCUGAUGUCCAUGUCCGAUCUGGCUUGUACUCCUCUGACACCAUUUUUGACUACCAGCACGGAUAUAUUGCAACAAGGCUGUUUUCACGAAAUGCUUGCUUUAUCAUGAAAAUUGAUGAGGCUUCCAUCCCCGAGCUGCAAGAGAUUGGACGCCAGGCUUUUGAGAGACAGACUAUGAAGAAAAUUUAUUCUCCAAGAGUGAUGUGGGUACAGUUUCAAUCUGGUAAUGCCAUGUUUGGGAGUAUCAGAGAGUGGCUUCGCUAUGGUAGACCCAUUGAGCAACUCUGCAAGGGUCUCCCUCUCUACAAGCUUACAAAGAGUGAACCACUGACUAAUUCCAAUAGCUGUGCCAGUGCAGGAAUUCCAUCCAUCUUGGGCAUUAAUAUCUGUGAAAGACUCAGAGAGAACUACUGAUCUGGACAGUCCUGCAUGGAAAUGGCUCAUUUCUCUAUGUGCUUUUCUGAUGGUACACAUGUUCUUAAACUGGAAGAAAACAAAAUCAAUUUACCUGUCCUAAGCUUUGAAACAUAUGCUCUACAAAUAAAGAUAAUGUAGUAAUUCAAAUGCUUUGUCUUCUUUCUUCAUUUGAAAGUGGAACACAAAUAAACAAGGACUUCCUAGAGGUUUUCCUCC